CAUUUUACUCAGGCGUAAGAAAGCCGCCGGUAGAUCCGAAACUAUUUCCCGCGAGAUGGACGUUUAGCAGAACUACAAGGGAAAACUACAUUUUGUUAAGCUAGCUGUUCCAUUUCCACUACAUAACUUUGAUUCUAGCUGUAUUUACGGAUACGUGAAUGGACGUUAGCUAUGUAUGCUUUAGUUUAACUAAUUAGCUGUACAGUUAUCAGUGCAUCCUGAACUACCAUUUGUUAACACACAUGGACAGAGAGUGUGCGUUGCUGCUGCCCGGUGUCUGUGGGGUGCUGGCGGGCUCAGGGAGCUCUCUGCCCGAUGACACCAGCCUGGAGAAACUGCUGGACUGGUUCACAGGGCUAUCAGAGGCUGGGGGAUCACUGCUCGAGGCCUGCCCAUGUCUGCUUACAUUUAUAUCCACUGUGGUUCAGAACACAGCUUCAGACCCCGGUGUCCUCUCCUUCGCUCUUAGACUCACCGGCCUAUUGGCUGCCACUGAGGACAGCUUCAAAACAAUUCAGGAACACUCUGUCCUGAACAAGGUCUUCAACCUUCAGCACUGGCAGGAAGCAGGACUCUGGGAGGAUCCGUGUUUAAGGAUCGGCUGGAUUCAGGGCCUAAGGAGCAUGCUGCAGCACCCGCAGGCGCUCCGCUUCUUUGUACAUUCAGAUUUCAUUGACCUCCUUCUACAACUCCAGACAGACACAAGUCUAUUUAUUGCCUCAGCUGCAAAUCAGAUGCUCGCCCACAUCCUGCUCUUCUUCCAGCCAGGCUUGUCUGCAGGAAGUAACGGAGUGGAUAAGAAAGAAAAAGAUGACGGGAUGGCGCAAAGCAGUGCAGACUAUUCUGCUGUUGUAAUGUCGAUCUCAGAGUACUUUAAGGAGUCUCUGGUUCCCAAAGAAAGCAGAAAUAUCCGUCAGAGUCUGCAGAUCCUCAAACUGCUGGCCCUGCUCCUGGCCCCGGCCGGGCCUCCUCUGCGGGACAAGCUGAUGCAGACAGUCGGAGACUCCCUGGAGGAACUGGUGACAGCAGGCAGCAGUGAGCUCACACUGCCUCUGAUGGAUGUAAUUCUAUCUGCAUGCAGCAGCUCCGGCACAGAUGAACGUGUCACCCGUCUUCUAUCGUCCAUGUUAAACAUUAACAAACCCGCUGACCUCAUACAUGCUGCAGCUGCUUUACUUCGCAGAGGUCAUCAUGAUGCUGUCCACACAGCCCGGGCCGUGAGAAUACUACUGCUCCCAAUCGACAUUAUUACUGGUCAGACUCUACUGGGAACAAUAAGCACUGCAGACGAGCAUCAGUUUUCAGUGAUGGAGCAGCUAAAGACUAAAACCUCCUGCAUCUCUAUGAUCUGUGUCUGCCUAACCAACACACCACAGAUCACACUCACGCCUCCCGACGUCCUACCCUGUCCUCCAGUUUCAAUUGUCACUGCAGUUCUGUCCUUGCUAAGGAUCUGCAGCGGCGUCUUUUCCUCUUCCUCCACUGGUUGCAGUGAGGUUUGCAGGAACGUAAUCGGCAGUGGAAAAGUUCAGAAAUGUGCCCUAGAGGCUCUGACUACUCUCACCAGCAGCCCAGGGGCGAAAGAGAAGAUCAGCGAAGUGUUCACAGUUCUGAUUCAAUAUCUGGAAAAUCCUGAUUCUGACCCGACUGUACUCCACAAGUCCUACCAGGCCUUAUUAAAGUGGACGAGUGUGUGCACGGACUUCUCCUUUAUAACAGAUAAGCUGAAACAUGAUCUCUUGGAGGUAGUGAAGAAGCGUGUGUGUGACAUGCGUUGGGAGGUGAGGGACUCGACGGUGGAGUUUCUGGGACACCUGGCAGGCGUGUGUGUCUCCAUAGACUCAGCAGAGGAGGAGUGUGACGCAUCUGUGGCUCUGCUGGGCGGCAGCUCUACCACCCCGCUCCUGAGGGAGGCGCUCCAGGACACAGAGAGUUAUGUGAGAGCCAGUGCCAUCGCUGCACUGGCAAAGACACUGACACACCGCUGGCAGCAGGGGGCGACACUCUCUGAGGAGGAGCCUGAAAUAGUGAGGCGUCUGCUUGAAAUCCUCUCCAAAGACACAGAGGGAUUCCCCAGGAGGGCUGUCGUACAAUACUUCAUCUCAUGGUACUCUUCACAGUCUCCUCCAUCCUCCUCCUCCUCUCUCCUGAUGCAGAGUGUGCGCUCCGUCCUCUCACAAGGCAGGGCAGAUCUGGACUGGGAGGUCAAAGUUCACACGCUGAAGCUGGCUGAGCUGCUGCUGGACGAAGCCUUUUCAGGUCACCCAGGUUACAAAAAAGGCUCCGACGCACAUCAAGCCCCGCCACACCCUUAUGGUGUAGUUUCUGAGCAGGCAUACACACUUCACACACAUGCCAGUAAACACACAGAGGGUGCUGAUUCAGAUCUGGCCGGCGUGAUCGAGCAGGGAGUCCUAUCAGUGCUGUUGAGUGGGCUAGUUGACUGCGAUAGACCUGUGGCUCUGAAGGCCUGUGGCCUGCUGAUAAAUCUCAGAGAGCUGCUCUGUCCUCUGUCGCUAGGGGUAUUGGAUGCAUCAGCUGCAACGGCAAAAGUAUCCUGUGAACUGCCAGGCUUGGGCUGGGGGCGAGAGAUUAUAAAGAUACUGACGAUGAAGAAAAGUGAUCAGACCAAAGAGGCGGACAACGCUGCUCAGAGAGGUUUCAAUGGAGCAGAGGAGGGAGGUGACGGUAUGUGUGUGAGUGUGUGCGAGGCGUUGAGGUCUCUGGGUUUGGACGAGAGGAUGGACGUCCUGACUCAAAGCAGUGACCACAUCCACAACUCCCCCUUCUCUCUGCUGCAGGACAUACUGACUGCCAGUGCCACUCACACAAAACCGGGGGAAGAGGUCAUAGUGGACUGCUACUAACACAUACACACACACACUGCCUUAAGUUGUUUUGUAACAAUUAUGAACAACAUACAAUAGUUUUGAUUGUUUAAAGUUGGUAUUUUAUGAUCUGUAGUCAUACCUUCAGUAGAUGGUAGUCAGCACGCCCUGGUUCUCCCGUAUUUUUAUUGUAUUACUCGCCUAUAAAGAUCAAUAGUUGCGACUUUGGUUAGUUUGAAUUAACCAAGAUCGCACAAUAAUGCAAACUUACUAAUCAAUGAAGGCAGCAGUAGAUCAGAACCCCGUGUUGUGCAAAGUUAAAUUAUUGUUUUUGUAGUCUUGCAGCUUUUAAAGGGAGCUUAGGUAACAUCUUCAGGUCCCCUCCUGAAACGGCUGUCUGACAGCAAGGUAAUGGGAUGAAAAUAAUCUAAACAUAGCACGCACUUUACCUGAUUUGUUUUUUCUAGGCGGUUACAAUCAGUUUCGCUGCUGCCUCAGUCCACAACAGUAAAUUGCUUUGCUGGGGGCGUGCCGACCACCAUCUACUGUUGGAAACACACAGACUUUGGACAAGUGCCUUGUUCAACCCCACUGCAAACUAUCCAAAGAUACCCUUCAAACUCAGGGUACAUUUGUCAGUGAUGAUGUUGGUUACAGUUCCCUUAUUUUAAUUACUGUAUUAUUGUAUGUAUCCUGUUUCUAUAGUGAUGUGAAGCUGAGCAAUUUCAAUAUGAGAACAUUUUCACAGGGGAAUUUCCACUUCUCAAAUAAUUGCAUUGACCAAUAUAUCAAUUUGAUUCAAUAAAAAAAGCUGUUUGUAUUUGA